AGAACCAGAGAGGAGAGGAUGUCAGGGUGAGGAUGAGAGAUGAGCUGUCUCAUUUUCCCCCCUUUUUAGCAGCGGACUUCAAAUCUCUGUCCAUUCCCAUUUUAUCGAAAAAGGGCGACACACGCACACAAAACCCACGCGUACAGCAAAGCAGGGGGUAACUUAGCACACAGCACAGCAGAGAGAGAAAGAGAGACUUCUGCAGUUCGUAAAGUUCCAAAUUUUAUCAGAGAAAAGAGAGAGAUGAGAGAAAUCAUAAGCAUUCAUAUUGGGCAGGCUGGAAUUCAGGUGGGCAAUUCAUGCUGGGAGCUCUACUGCCUCGAGCAUGGAAUUCAACCUGAUGGCCAGAUGCCAAGUGAUACCACAGUGGGCAGUGCCCACGAUGCUUUCAACACCUUCUUCAGCGAGACUGGAGCAGGCAAGCAUGUCCCAAGAGCCAUAUUUGUUGAUCUCGAACCAACUGUUAUUGAUGAAGUUAGGACUGGUACUUACCGCCAACUCUUCCACCCUGAGCAGCUCAUUUCUGGAAAGGAAGACGCUGCUAAUAAUUUCGCAAGAGGACACUAUACAGUUGGAAAGGAAAUUGUAGAUCUCUGUCUUGAUCGAGUUAGGAAAUUGGCCGAUAAUUGCACUGGUUUACAAGGAUUUCUGGUGUUCAAUGCUGUUGGUGGUGGUACUGGUUCUGGUUUGGGGUCCUUGCUCUUAGAACGCUUGUCGGUGGAUUAUGGAAAGAAGUCAAAGCUUGGGUUCACCAUCUAUCCUUCUCCGCAGGUUUCAACAGCAGUUGUUGAGCCUUAUAAUAGUGUUCUCUCUACUCAUGCCCUCCUUGAACACACAGAUGUAUCUGUGCUCUUGGACAAUGAAGCUAUCUAUGAUAUUUGCAGGAGAUCUCUAGACAUCGAGAGACCAACUUACACCAAUUUGAAUAGACUGAUAUCACAAGUCAUAUCCUCCUUGACAACAUCAUUGAGAUUUGAUGGAGCCAUUAAUGUUGAUGUUACAGAGUUCCAGACAAACCUCGUUCCAUACCCCCGCAUCCAUUUCAUGCUUUCCUCAUAUGCCCCCGUUAUCUCAGCUGCAAAGGCAUACCAUGAGCAGAUCUCAAUCCCUGAGAUCACAAAUGCAGUUUUUGAACCCUCAAGCAUGAUGGCCAAGUGUGAUCCCCGGCAUGGAAAAUACAUGGCCUGCUGCCUAAUGUACAGGGGUGAUGUAGUUCCCAAGGAUGUCAAUGCUGCCGUUGCAACUAUCAAAACAAAAAGGACUGUGCAGUUUGUUGACUGGUGCCCAACAGGUUUCAAAUGUGGUAUUAACUAUCAGCCUCCAACAGUUGUACCAGGGGGUGAUCUUGCCAAGGUUCAGCGAGCAGUGUGCAUGAUCAGUAACAACACGGCAGUGGCUGAGGUGUUCUCACGCAUUGACCACAAAUUUGACCUCAUGUAUUCCAAGAGGGCAUUCGUUCACUGGUACGUUGGUGAGGGAAUGGAAGAAGGAGAGUUUUCAGAAGCUCGUGAAGAUCUGGCUGCUCUAGAGAAAGAUUACGAGGAAGUUGGCGCCGAAGGUGUUGAUGAUGAAGAGGGAAGUGAAGGUUACUAGUGUUGUAAUGCAAGAGAAACAGUGUUUUAUCAUUCAUCUUCGACUAUCUGUGCUCCUUUUGUUGUGUAGUACACUUUCCAUCUUCAUGCUGUGAAAUUGUCACAAUCGUCACUAAGUUCUCAUUAUGUUCUUCUCGCUCUUUUUUGUGGUAUCAAUGAAGUGACAUUUCUGAGAACCUGAAUGUUUAUGGUUCUCUUUCAAAGAUAUUAUUACACUACUAUGUUUCCCAGGUGUUUCGAAGAGAAUUCGAUACACAUUAUAUGACAGUAUUUUAUGUUGUUUCUCCA